UCUCGUAGCCUCACCAUAUAUUAUAAUUAUAUAUAUAUAAAAUAUGAAAGUAACCAUAACUCGUAGUUGCACGGUUCAGCCAGACGGACCAUGUUUCAAUGGUUCGAUGCCGCUAACCGAAUCCGACCAAACCGGUAUUCUAACUCAUGUCCCAACGAUCUACUUUUACAAGCCACACUCCCAAAAUUGGCUCACAACAAAACACACCAUUUUCACAACCCUCCAAACUUCACUAGCCAAGGCCCUGGCCCACUUUUACCCGCUAGCCGGCCGUCUGCGCUGGCUAGAUGGGGCUCGGCUCGAGCUCGACUGCAAUAGCAGCGGGGCCCACCUCAUCGAAGCUGACUCCGAUGCCACGUUCAGUGACCUCGGGGACUUCACUCCGUCUCCCGAUUUUGUUCACCUGGUCCCUCGGAUCAACUACUCUUUGCCCAUCGAAGAAAUCCCACUACUAGCCAUGCAGGUGACCAACUUUCGAUGCCGCGGAGUCACCCUCGGCUACUCUGUAUCCCAUGCCGUUGUCGACGGCCAGAGCGCGCUCCACUUCAUCUCCGAGUGGGCUAAUCUCGCGCGUGGCGCCCCGUUAGGCGCUUCGCCUUCCCUAGACAGGAGACUCCUCCGCGCCGGAGAUCCUCCGUCGGAGGCCCGGUCGCGGUUCGAGCACCCGCAGUUCGACCCUCCUCCCUUUCUGGUAGGGCGGUCGAACAAUAAAGAAGAGAGAGAGAAAGAAACAGUAGUAAGUAUGCUGAAGCUGUCGAGAAGCCAAGUCCAACUGCUCAAGACCGAAGCCAACAGAGGCACGGCGCGCGCCUACACGCGCUACGAAGCCAUAGCGGGGCAUAUAUGGAGGAGCGCGUGCCGAGCGCGUGGACACGCGCCCGAGCAGCCGACGGCGCUCGGGAUUUGCGUGGACGUGCGGGGGCGCGUGAGGCCGCCGCUGCCGCCGAAGUUCUUCGGCAAUGCGAUAAUCGACGUGAUCGCCCGGGGGCGGUCGGGGGAGCUGGCGGACCGGCCGCUCGGCUACGCCGCCGGCAAAAUAAGGGAGGCGAUCGACGGCGUGACGAGCGAGUACGUGCAUUCGGUCAUCGAUUUCCUUAAAAACCUCGAUGAUUUCUCGAGGUUGCAAGACAUACACGCGUUGAGAACCGAGGGUGGGUCGUUUUACGGCAACCCUAACAUCGGCGUGGUGAGUUGGAUGUGUCUGCCUCUGCACGGCCUUGAUUUCGGAUGGGGGAAGGAGUUUUUCAUGGCGCCGGGAUCUCACGACUGCGACGGCGAUUCCUUGAUCUUGCCGGCGUGCGGCGGCGAUGCCGGCGAUUUGCUUGUUGCGCUGUGUCUGCAGGUUGAGUGCAUGGAAGAUUUCAAGAAAUUCUUCUACCAAGAAAUUUAGGACAUGGGAAUGGAUCCUCUUCGGUUCAACUCUAUUUAUGACUUCCCCAGUUAAUGAGCUCAAUUAGCCAUAU